UCGCCAUGGCGGCGGCGGCGGCGCGGUUGCGGGCGGCCCAAGCUCUGGACGCCGCGGUGCCGCGGGACGUCGUGCUGUUCCGGCACGAGCGGGGUCCGUUCUUCCGCCUGGCGGGGCUUUUCUGUGCCGGCCAAGGCGUCUUUUGGGCAGCCCUCGCCCACUCCGCCUUCACGGGGCUCCGCCCGCCGCCCCCCGGCGUUGGGCCCGACGAUCCGCUGAGGCCCCGGGACAACAAAUGGCGGUGGGCC